AGGGCAGAGAGAGAGAGAGAGAGAGCGGGGCAGACCAGGAGCCCGGCUCAGUCAGACACAGGGAGAUAGAGAGAGAAGGGGGCUAACUUUGAGUGUUUGAGUGUGAAUGAGACACGUGGCUGCAUUUAAACUUUUCUGGAAAAACUCGGCGGUGUUGUGCAGCACUCUGCAUGUCACUGUGCUGCACAGCCCUGUACUACCAGACUUUGUGCUGGCCUCCUCCUCCAUAUCGAUCCGUCCGCUAUGUGUGUGUGUCCGUUCAUUAAGGGGAGCUGCAGGUCCUCGCAGAAACUCUUCAUUGGGGCUAAUAGGCUUUUUAUUGUGGCGUCAGCCUGGAGCGCCUGGCAGUCCCCUGCACUGAGCCACACACAGACGGUCACAUGGGUAAGGAUGCAGGCACAGAGAGACAGGUAUAAAGAACAGACAGGGAAAGAUGUUUACUCAGAGACACUAAGACACGCAGGGAGACGGGCAUAAAUGCCAGAGUGGGCACACAUUGAAGAGAACACCCACACACUGAAAAACACACAUAGAUGCAUGCUCACACACACACACACACACACACAAAAAAAAAUCACUGAUCUAUUAAGAUAGACUUUCAGUAUCCGUUUUUUUGUGGUGCUUACUUGGAGUGAUAUAAACUCUGUUUCCAAAGCUGUUGAUAUUAGUUAAGUGCAGAUUCAGGGCUAAUAUGAAGUAGACUGUUGAGAAUUACGGGGGUUUUUGUUGCAACCCAGUGCUGAUCAUGUUGACUGUGAUGAAGAUGAUGAUGGUGUUGAAAGUGUCUUAUUGAGACUGUACGGUGCAGUGUGUUCUACAGUCUGCAAUGAUGCUGGAAAAACAGGAACUCGUGAAGACCAAGAGAAACUGGGCAGGAAUCGAGAAGGAAGGACAAGGCUGUUUUUUGGACAGUAACGGAGAGUAUCUGAACAGUGUAGAAAGAAAAUAACCACUAACCAGCAAAACAAGCAAGCGUUAUGGAUUAAUAUACAAGAAAGAAUAAAGAAUUCCAAAUUGAAGAAUAACAAUGGAGUUGGUCCCAAAAGCAAAGUACACCCAUUUUCGAAGCGAAUCUCUCAGCUCCACAGAUGAUACCAACUCAAAUCCUUCCUUGCCACCCUCAGCUCCUGCUACCCCCGGUACUCCUCCAGGUUUGCCCUCCUCUCUCUCCUCCACCUCUCUGACCCCGAUCCUCCCCCCCUCAUCUCCCCGCCCAGUCGCCAGCAGCCCCACGACGCUCUGCUCCUUUUUCCCCCGAAUGGGUGCCCUACGGCUGGGCGUCUCAGCUACUCUCCUCCCUGGUCUGAAGGCGGGAAGUAGGCCGCAGCAGCCUCCGGCACCCGAAGAGCCACCAGGGGAAGCCCCUACCGACAGCGCACCCCCACUAACUGCCCCCUCUCCCCCUCCCCGUCCCCCGCAGGAUAUGAACCGGCUCGGGGGGGCCUCGCGGCGGGCGCGGGUGGAAGGGGGGCAGCUGGGCGGGGACGAGUGGACGCGCCACGGGUCCUUCGUCAACAAGCCCACCCGCGGCUGGCUGCACUCGGACAACGUGGUCAGCACCACCGGGGUCUCCUACACUGUCCGGUAUAUGGGGUGCGUCGAAGUGCUGCAGUCAAUGAGAGCUCUGGACUUUAACACAAGAACUCAGGUCACACGGGAGGCAAUCUCCGUGGUGUGUGAAGCAGUACCUGGUGCCAAAGGGGCUCUGCGCAGGAGAAAGCCCUCCUCUCGCUGCCUGUCCUCCAUCUUGGGGAAGAGCAACCUCCAGUUUGCUGGAAUGACAAUCAGCCUCACUGUGUCCACCAGCAGCCUCAAUCUGCUGGCAGCUGACUGCAAACAGAUUAUCGCCAACCAUCACAUGCAGUCCAUCUCUUUCGCUUCUGGAGGAGACCCAGACACAGCAGAAUAUGUAGCUUAUGUAGCCAAAGACCCUGUCAACCAGAGAGCCUGUCACAUCCUGGAGUGCUCAGAGGGUUUGGCUCAGGAAGUCAUCAGCACCAUCGGUCAGGCUUUCGAACUGCGUUUCAAACAGUAUCUGAAGAACCCCCCCAAACUGGUCACCCCCCAUGACAGAAUGGCUCCGUUCGACGGGUCAGCAUGGGAGGAAGAGGAGGAUGAAGGCGCCCCUCCUCCAGAGGUGCCCUACUAUAAUAACUUCCCCGGCAAGCAGCCCCCGCCGGGCGGGCUGGUGGACAUGCGGGGUCGCCCCGGCCACACCACAGGGGCCACACUGCCCUACGGACAGCUAGGACAGAACGACAUACACAAGCAGCCCCUGCCACCUCUACCAGUUGGGGUGAAGGAAGGUGGUCGGGACCUGUUUGAUGACCCUUCCUAUGUCAAUGUGGAUAAACCCCGCCUACCCACUGCUGCAGCCAAUGGCAAUGCUCAUAGAGAUGCAUUCGACAUGAAGCCCUUUGAUGAUGCACUGUCUGGCGCGGCAGCGCCUCCUAUGGCCGAACAGCUGCAGUGCGAGCCCUGGUUCCACGGCAGCCUGAGCCGACGGCAGGCAGAGAGACUCCUGGUGAGAGACGGAGACUUCCUGGUGCGCGAGUCGGGCACCACCCCCGGGCAGUACGUCCUCACGGGGCAACAGGGCGGUCAGCCCAAACACCUGCUGCUAGUGGACCCAGAGGGCGUGGUUCGCACCAAAGACCACCGGUUUGAGAGUGUGAGUCACCUGAUCAGCUACCACAUGGACAACCGGCUGCCCAUCGUGUCGGCCGGGAGCGAGGUGUGUUUGCAGCAGCCGGUGGAACGCAGGGCUUGAGGAAAACGCCUCCGCCGGACUCGCGCGCCAAACGCGUCUCCCUCGUCUGAAAUCCGACGCAGCCGCCUUCGGUUUGCGCCGACAUCGCAUCCCGGAUUCACCAGUCUCGCCAUGGGAUCAUCUUUUUUGUUUUAGAAGGUGAACACACGUGAUGUCAUCACAGAAAUGUUUACUUGAAGUGAAGCCAGAGAGUCACAUUGCAACCAUAUCCUUAGAAGCAAGAAGAUGCAUGGAAAAGCGUUUAUGCCCUCUGAACGAUGUAAAGUCAUGUAAAAAAAAAUAUUGUCCUUGAAGAAUAUGUCAAACAUGACAGGAGAUCUGCAUCUCCUUAUCCUGGAGGUUCAGCUUGGUGAUGUGCUGAGAUCAGUGCCACAUGGACUGGUGUGUAGUGAGCAAGAAGGCACUAUAAUAAUAUCAAGGAAAACACUGUCACGGUCAAUACGUGAAUUUCACUCCAAAGAAGAGUAUAGUAAAAACCAUGAAAUAGUGUUUGAAAGGAAUCCACCUUCAUUAUAUAUUUUCUAAUCAUUACACAACAAAACAGAGGCACUCCAAAGACAAAACAUAAGUCAUAUCGGAAGGUGCAUUUUAAACAUAAAUCAUAUUCUCAAGAACACCUGCAGUUCGGUGUGACAUGCUGCCUAAACGAGUUUGACUUUGGGGGGAGGGGGGGUAACUGUUCUGCUGUGUAUGCAGAACUUGUAUUGACUGGAAUUAUGGGCUUGUAGUUCCCUUCUCCUGCUGAAUACCAUUUGGCCUCCAGAUUCCCCUUGCUGAAGAUGAUCAGCUGGUGCUGUGAUGAGCAUCAUUGUAUAUGAUGUGAAAAAAAUAAGUCACCAGUACCCUUUCACCAUUGUCCACCAACUUUAAAUUCACAUGGGAAUGAAACCAAAAAGGAAUUUGUGGGAAAUUAAUGAAAAAGGGACCUCAAAAGUCAGUGCUAUCUCUGUAGGACUGUAUCCAGCAACCACAAAUAAGUCUUUUAACCUGCCUAUUAAUUGUAACUUUGGUGAAUUUUGCUUGUAUUUUAGAAAAGGAACACUACUGUAAUUUGAAGCCCAGAUUGGUUACAGGACUGGAGGGAUGGGGUGGGAGGUGGGUGUGUUGGGCGGUGUCUUUAUACAGGACGAUUUGCCUGUGUGUGGACCCACCUGGUCAAGUUUUAUUCGUGUGUUUGCAGAUGAGCCGCUGAGGUUCCUCACAAAGUAACCUUGGGCUCAGAGACCCCAGUGUCAGUGCAAUCUCCAGAACACCUGAUGCAGCUGUCUGCCCCGCGUCACACGAGCUCACUGUAGACCACUUUGACUCAGCCAAAGAAGAGGUGUUUAGUUCGUACUCAUGGAUUUGCUUGAGUGAAAAAUGGGAGGAAAAAGGGAGUUUUACAUUCAGUGGAAUGGUGGGGAGAGGAAGGGGUGGUACAAAGCAAUUUUGGUUACUAAAAAAGCCAGCUCACGAAGAAGGAUGCAAAACCUGUAAAGUCUAAUUCUGCUAUUUGAUAUUUCAUAUGUUACCGGUAUGUGUCAAACGCUUACCUCUGCAGUUAAGAGGUGACUCCGGUGCACAGUAAACAACUGAACCAAAUCUCAGUCAAAAUAUGGACAUCUGAGCAUUAUGUCACCUGGGCAUCUUGCUACUUUAAGAGUCUGUUUAUGGAUACCAGAAGUUGACUCGGAUCAACUGUUUGGGUUUGAUUGACCAUAAACCCGAAACCUUUUAGAUAUGCAGUCUGCUUGUUGUCUGUCUACAUGGACGGUGUGUUGUUUAUCUGCCCCCUAGGCUGUAAGUGCCACACCGUAAGUGGUUGAAAUUUUGGGUGAAAUUUGGGCCCACAACUCACCUGCUCGCUUGCUCCAGUGUCACAUUCUCAUUGUACAUAUGAGUAUGAUACGUAGUCUUUUAUCAACAUCCUGUCCAUCCACCAUGGGAGAUGUAGUACAGUCAAUCUUUUUUUUUUUUCCCUUUGGAAAAGUCAUCUGUUUGCAUUGACAAUCUUAACAGUAUAUUAGUACGUUUUGUAUGUUUUUCUCUGGGUUGUUUGUGUGUAAGUGCUGGGAAUGCAGAAAAGGUGGAUCGUUUUUAUAUGCGCAGCGGACACACAAAAGCGUGUCUGAUUUGCAAGCUAUGCGGCUCAGCUAUGCAGCGCAACUGCUCUCUGUUGGCAUUUAUUCACCCUAAUUUAACCAUUUGCUCACAGUCUGCCUACCUCAGUGUGCUGCUGUAGGUUAAACACACAUACCAGGCUUACACCCACAGCCAUUAUAGCAUUCAAAACAAUGCUUCUAUUUUAAGAGUCAUUCUUUUGUUCUCAUGAAAAGCAUUAAUUAUAAGCGAUAUGCUCUGUGAGUCUACAGGGAACACUGAAGGGAAAACUCUAUUUGAAGCGUUUGUUUUAAACGAAACCAGAGAAUAAUUAUUAGAAAUUAAUGGCUCUCUAAUGGGUAAUUCUUCAUAAUUUAAUAAAGAACAUGCAUUUUCAAAAGAAAAAAAAAAUUAAAAACAUACCAAGAUUCCUUUUUAGGGAUCAUUUCUCUAGGAAAAAAAAAAUGGACAGGCUGGGGAAUAAGGUAGUAGAUUUUCGGGUGUUUUAGCCAAAAUUCUCAUUAACAGCAACAGAACACUACUGUCUCCAGCUGGCAUAAAGCGUUCUAAGCUAAAUUGUUUAAAUUCAGUGCAGUGUGCCAAUCUGUAGGUCCAUCCCUCUCUCCUGCCAGAGAUUGUAUUUAGUUAUUAUACAACCAGUGACAUUUUCUGAUCUGACUUCAGGUAAGUCAGAGAAGAAGAGCCAAGCUGGAGUCUACAUGUUCAAAGACAGUGAUAGUUGUGAUACUAAGGUUGGCCUCUGCCUCAAACAUAGUUUAUAUGAUGGCAGAGAAAGAAAAGAAUGAGCAGAAAGAAAGGGGGUGGCCUGUACUUUUCCCUCCUCAUUUUUGUUUUCUCAAAUUGUGCCUUGUUCAGCCAGCACUCCACAUUAAUGAAAUGCAGUCACUUUAAUGCAUUACCAAUUGUUAAAAUGUAUGGUCAAGACUGUGUCCAAAAUCGUUGCAUUAAGAGAAAUGGGAUACGUUAAUCAGAUGAAUCAAAUACUGGUUUUGAUGAUAAUCUAAACUGACCCCAGUCUUCCUUUAGGACAUUGAAAAAUGUGAUUCCUCAUUUGAUGCUCGUUAAUUAUCUAUUCAUGCUUUUGAGGGUUUACAACACUGGCACAGCUCAUAGAAAACUGGUAAGAUCAGACCUGACUGAUUCAUGAACAAUUCUAAAUUUGACAUUGGAUAAUAGUUUUCUCUGUUUCGUGACUACAAGGACCUGGAGCAGGCCUGAGAGUAAGAACAUGAGUAUUUUCUGUACUUGUACACACCCUGUAUAAUGCAUCCAUGCAGACCUAGAGCCCAUUCACGCUGGUGCAAAUGCUCAUAGACAUAUCAUUAGUUGAAUCAUGGAAGCUUUGAUUAUUGAAUUAAAACCAAGCAGUUUAUCACUAAGUGUGCUAUCCUGUAUGCAACUGUUAGUUCUGGCUGCCUGUUAUUUGCCAACAUCGGUUCUACAGUUAUAUUUGGCAGUGAGUUACCAUGGCUUUCCUUUUCUAAUUGAUACAAUUGCAGUAUGAUGGUGUUAUGUACAUUUUGCGUGCCUAUUUGUAUAUCACUUUUAUUUUGAUAUUUUUGACUGCUCUGGACACAGAUACAUGCUUAUUGCACAGGGAGUGUUAUGUGUUUUUUAUGUUUUUACUAUUGAUCAGGCACCAAGUGGGGAAACCCAUUGGGUCCAAUUGACAGUGUUUUGGAUAGCCUCACUGGAGAGCAAAAAAAAAAAAAAAAA